UCGUCAUUUUGUCAGAACAUUAGUUGAGUUCGUUCUCAGCGACCAAAACAUCACUUGGACCUGAUAGGUAAACAUCUCGUAAUUACUUCAGCAGAUUUAACAAUAGAUUGUAGCGUUCUGUGUUAAACGUGUAUAUUGGGAACCAAAUAUAUAUUUUUGUACCUGCAAAAUGUGUUCAAAAAGUUGGAGAGCAAUAUGAACUGACAGAUGGUGAAAACUCGCACAUCAAUUCGGAGAGUUUCUUGGUCGGAUGUGGUUUACCCUUUGUAUAAUUUGGAAUAAUAUAUUUGCAUAUGAUAUGGAGAACGAGGAACUAUUACCUUACCAGUGUUGAUAAACGAUUGGUUUCCGUUAUAUGUCAGAGGCACGGGCUACGUAGUCAAAGUCAACUAACUUGGAACGGUCGGGCAUUCAAAAACGAUGUCUUCAGCAACAUUAUCUAAAGUCAACGGGACUGUUUUGUCUGGACCAAUCAAUGCGACAGGAGACGGUAUGAAUAGUACGCCAACUGUUGAUGUUUACGAGGAACCACAAGAAAACGUUGAAGCCAUUCUGGUGCCUAUUCUCUUCGCUAUAAUAUUCCUUAUUGGUGUCGUUGGAAACGUCACCCUCAUCUUUACUGUUUUGAAAAACAAAUCUUUGCGGAAUACUCCUAACAUCUUUGUUGUCAGUUUAUCAGUUGGUGAUUUACUGUUAUUAUUAUGUUCCGUGCCGUUUUCUUCCACGCUUUUCACGUGUUUCUCUUGGCCUUUUGGGCGAUUUCUGUGUAAAUUUAACGAAUACAUGCAAACGCUUUCUCUUGGUGUCUCGGUAUUUACACUAACCGCCCUAAGUGGUGACCGGUAUAUUGCCAUUGUUCACCCCAUGAGUAAACACACGGGAAAACCUACGCUUAUAACAGUAGUAACUGUGGUUGGAAUUUGGAUUCUUUCCGCCGCUCUCGCAAUACCGGAGGCAGUUACAUCAAACGUACUAUAUUUUGAAGGAGGAGCUCCCACUGAUAAUGGAAACAUCACAAUCGUACCAGUAACAAUCGCGAUAUGUAAAAUAUAUCCAGAAAACAGCUUACCGGUGUGGUACAGCAAGGCACACUCCAUGUACAGAUUUAUAGUGUUCUUUGUUAUACCUCUCCUUGUCAUUGCAAUGUUCUACAUUAUGAUGGCUAGAAUCCUGGUAAUCAGCAGUAAGGCAUUGCCCUGCGAGUCCGUGAAAGGAUCAGCGAUGAAUCAACAGCAGAAAAGGCAGAUUCAAGCGCGUUUGAAGGUGGCAAAAGUUGUUCUUUCAUUCGUCGUCAUCUUUGUUGUAUGCUGGCUACCACGUCACAUCUCGAUCCUAGCAGGCCACUUCGCCGAUCCGGAGUACAAUAUGUUUUGGCAUGUUCUAAAAAUAACAUCGUUUUGCUUGACUUAUAUAUACUCAUGCGUGAAUCCAUACGCGCUCUACUUUCUUAGCAGCCAGUUUAGGAAGUAUUACAACCGCUACUUGUUCUGUUGUUGCCCUAAGGGCUCUUACAUAGGUUUAGCGGGCGGCGAACAUUCGGCUAUGUACAAUUUUAACAGCACUAUGCGCCGGGGAAGCACGACUUGUACGGGCGUGGUGCAUUCGCAGUCUAUUUGCUAAAACUAUCAGUGGUAACCUAUAAGUAUAAAUUUAUAGCAAUAAUACAAACAAGUUGACUAGUAAGUUUGCACCCUUCCAUAUAUUUUUCUGAUUUAAUCUAGGUGUAAAAACGAUCUUAAUUAUUUUCUUGACGCAUCAUCUUAUGAUUGAAACAUAGCUUUGUACAAAUAUCUUAUGCUGAAAGCUUUCUGACUGACCUGUUCAAAAUCGUUUUAUUCAGUUUUAAUCAGCAAAUAACUCUUUAAUCUUUAAGCCAAAAUGAGUCUAUGCUUAUGUAAAUCUCAAGUCUUUAAGCAAAGGGAAGGCAUCUGAAGCCUUUGUAUAUCAUUAUGAUAAUACACCACUGUAAUUGUAUCUUAUAUCCGAUACAUUCUUAUCAAAGAUUUCAAGGUUUUUAUUAAUAAAUGGAAAUAUUUACGUCUCGCUUAAACAAUUUUUACUCAGUAAUAAAUUAUAUUUUUCAUGUGAAAAAUACUUUAUUGUAAAUAUAACAAUAUGUGUAUUAUCAAUAUUACGUAUGAAUGUAAUGUUGGUGGUAUUUUAUUUAAAAGUGUUCGAACUAUUUUGUAAAAUUAUAUUGAGAGGAAACAAUAUCAAUGCAUUCUUAUAAUAAUGCUUUAACAAAAGGCACAGUGUAUUGACAUAAUCAUAAAUCAGCACGCUCGUAGGUGCUAAUGUUCGUUCGUUAUCUGCUUCUGUUGCUUCGUAAACUAAUUGAGAGAAUUAACUUUUCUGGCAAAAACAAUAGCGAAAUGAGAGCACUGGUACACAGUUAUUUGUCUAGUGUUUUUUUGCAUUACGCAAUGUGAAUUGCAAGUAGGGCUAAUGAAUAUCGUAUAAUAGCGUAUACCUUUUAGUACAGUUACUUGCUAAAAGGUGUCUCAAAUCUUUACCAGAAAGCAACAUGUUCGUUCAAGUCGCACAUUUCUGGUUUGCAUAGUGCAUUAAUUAAUGGUACAUGAACGUCAAAAUACGAAAUACAUAACCGAAAUAUAUGUACUAAAUAUAUACUGUUUGUCAUGACUUAAUUGUUGAUUUUUUCCGAAGCUUCAUGUUCAGACACACGCUAAUGUGUAAAUUUCUUUGUAAAGUGUUGUAACUAUAUAAAACAUGAUCUGGCGCAAAAAGGGUAAUUCUAUGAUUUGUGUAUAUUUAGGAAAAUAAGUAAGGACAUCGUAUUGAAAGGUCACGUAACAAUCAGCUGUUCUUCCCAGUCACAGGUUCGUCGAAUUCAUGUGUAUACACCGUGUGUAGGAAAUGUUUGAGAAAGUGUUGCUUCAUUCAAUUUGUUUUUAAAUGUUUUUUGAGAUGAAUCCUGUGUGAUUGAUACUAAUUGUUGUAUUGUGGUAAAUGUGUUAGAUAUAUUAUUGACUGUAGAAAUUAGUUAAUACCAUAAACAUACAUACGUAAAGUACAGACCUUUUUUCCAAUAGUUUUAUAGCGGUAUUGCGAAUUUUCCUAAAAUUCCUUUUCAUUUCCUAACACUAUUAGUUCGAACUGCGAUUGCAUUGCUUUGAAUUUGGAAGCAAUGUAAAAUGCUUCAUCAGGCGGUAUCCGCGUAAAGGAUUAUAACUUGCAAGAUUGUUUGUUACCAUAGACUUAUCAAAUUACAAAACUAUGUUGUCAUUAUGAAGCUUUCGUGUCAAUGUCAAACACAUUCAGAAAAUUGAUUUAUGCUGUUGUUCCUUGUUUCUUGUUUCUGUUUUUUGUUGCUUUUGUGUUCUAUAUCUUUGGCGUUUACCCUGUGCCAUUAAACGGGGUUUAUGUUUAAACUUUUGGCUACUGAGCUUGUUUCUGUAGUUGUUCACAUAAGUAUUAUAUUUGUAUAUCUACCUUAUUUGUUCUACCGUCCAAAUAUCAUGCUUAUUAUGAAUAUUAUAUACUGAUCUAUUAUACAAAUUAGCUUAGUUAUAUUAGCACUCGUAUGGGCCACAGAGACACUUUUUUCAUCAAUUGUUAUUUGUUGAAACGAAAGAAUGUAGGCAUGGUGAUAGCUAAUUUAACUGCUGUCAAUUCAUUGAAAAUAUUGUGAAAGCAAGAUGUGAAAAAUAGAUAUCUGAAAUAAAGCACACAAUUGAGCAUGUUGUUUCUCAAAUGCCGCUUGAACUUAGUUUGCUUUGAUCGUAUGAUUGAAAAAUUAUUAAUGUCCGUAUACAAGUACAGGAAAACAACAUAUACGGUAACAUAAACAAAAUACCGAUUUUUCCAAACCUUGUUAAGAUUAGCAAUGUUGUUAACGUCGGCAUGGUAAAUAUAUAUUUUUUAAAGUUUAAUAAGUGUCUAAACAAACGGUGCAUUGUUUUAGUGUCUUGCCAUUACGCUACGGUUAAUAUAUAUAUAUGUAUGCAUUUGAAAUAAUGUUGUAUAUGUAAAAUACAUUUAACGGUACAUAGUUUUCUACAAUUUCAAAACUUAACGAUAUGACGUCAUUUUACACAUCACGUCUUAAACUACAUAUUUAACAUUAAUGUUUUUUUUCAGAUAUAUGAUUUGGUUAAUUUAAGUGAAGGUCUAUUUUUAAAGGGAUUUUCUUAAAUUGCAAGUCCAAACUCCUUCUUUGUACAAAAUGGAAAAAAAAUCUUCUAAAAGGAUGGAUGAAAUCUUAAACUUGGGCAUUUUUUUUUUCUUUUUUAUAAUUUCGUAAAUUUUGAUUUGCUUGUCUGUCAGAAAAUAAAUAAAUAUUCAAUAACAUAGGAAUAUGUUGUAGCUAUUUUCCCCAACCAACCUUCAUGUAGACAAUGGCAUGCUUACUUUUCGUGUUACGUAUGCUUUUAAAUGCUUCGAUUGGCUUUAUUGGUCACAACAUCCAAACAAGGCUUGUGUUGUUUACUUACACCUACUCACAUAAGCUUCUUUUAUACACUGACUAAACCAUCUCAAUAUAUCUUUAUAUUUGUCAGAAUAAGAGACAUAAGAAUACAGUUUAUGAGAAUAUGUUAACGGUAUAUAGUUUUGUUAGUUAAUACAUUUAUGUAAAUAAAAU